AUGUUUUUGUGCACACUUUCACUCAUCCUGAUGGAGUUACUGGAAACGUUUUUACUGCUGACCGGAGGAAAUGUUGCCUGGAUUUUCAGUUUUUACACUUGUUGCCGUAGCAACCGAACGCUACUUUGCUUCCCUUUGAAAAAAAAGGGACGUUUAGUGCUCGUAGAAUCCUUUUUUUGUAUUGAAUUGGAGUACACCAUGUAAAACGAAUGAACUCUUUCUUCUGGAGUUAGCGUAAGAGGUUCAUUGACUUUGUCGUUGACACCUUUUGCGUCAUCAUAGCACACAGCCUUGAUAACCAAAACGCUUUUACACAAAGAUAAAAGUUAGUUUUCAUAACAUUUAGAAGUUUCUCUUGGUUUUAGAUAUACUAUGACAGGAAAGUGGAAUUUGCAAUACUAGCAACCGAACGCUACUUUGCUGCACUUCAUCCCUUUGAAAAAAAAGGGGACGUUUAGUGCUCGUAGAAUAAAGGUAUGCUUAUCUUUUUUGUAUUGAAUUGCGAGUACACCAUGUAAAACGAAUGAACUCUUUCUUCUGGAGUUAGCGUAAGAGGUUCAUUGACUUUGUCUACAGUUGACACCUUUUGCGUCAUCAUAAAAGUUAGUUUUCAUAACAUUUAGAAGUUUCUCUUGGUAUCGUGACUAGUAGAUAUACUAUGACAGGAAAGUGGAAUAAAGAUUGCAAUACUUUCAAUGCAUAAUAAUCCACAUGAUUGAGCCAGGCAAGAACCCAUUUCCUGGCCGAUGGAAAGCCCCUGGUAAAAUUUGUGCAGCGGUUGCAAAAACGUAGUGUAGGAAACAGAGAAAAGUUAGAUGAAACGCAAAAUUUGAAAGUUGGUGUUACCGGGUAUUACUUAUACUGAUAUAAACGGACAUCACAAGGCAAAGAAACGCGUGGCUGGGGCAAACCUUACCUUGGGGAAGCAAAAGUGCUAAUUAACAUUUGUAGACUGGUACAACAUGUCAUGAAACAUUGUAAUUUUGUAUACAUAUUUCAGAUGACCAUCGCUUGCUCUUGGAUCUUUGGGAUCGUCAUCACUUUUCCAAUGUUCCUAGCAAGGAACUUUGACAAGGAACUUGAUUGGUGCGUUUAUACUUGGUCUGAAGAAUGGAUGGGUAAAGCCUAUAGCAUGGUUUGGUUUCUGUUUACAGGAUUUUUCCCCGUUACUUUCAUGAUCGUUCUAUACUCCCAAGUCGUGUACACUAUGUGGUUCACACGUUCAAAGCCAAGAGGACGUCAGCAUUGUGUGCAACAGGUUCGAAACUAAAAUAAAAACAAAAUGCUAUAUACCAAUUAUUUAUUCCUGCAAGAAAAAGUUCUCUUUAAUUUUGGCCAUGCAAAAAUUCCUUUAUUGAUCAAUCUUGUUUGGUCAAGAUAGUUGGAUAUUGGCCACGGUCUUUUAUGAGUUUUUAGGGACCUUAAGAUACUCUGGACACGGCCGAGGAGGAUGUCAACCGGAAGUGAAAUGUUCAAUUCUUGGAACUAAUUACCGUAUUUAUUCGAAUAAGCGCCCAACCUCGAAUUAGCGCCCACCUCGAAUAAGCGCCCAUCCUAAAGGCAGAAAAAGUUCAUAAGCGCCCACCCCACCCCACCUCCUCCUAUUCCCAGUCAAACUCAAAUAAGCGCCCACUCCCACCCCAACCCCCUUCCUCUCCCAACCCUCAAAAAAUCGAAUAAGUGCUAAUAAGAGACUUCCCCGAAGACGGAGUUUUCUUCAGAGUAUUUUGCAGAAACCUAGCUCUUUUACAUCUUCGCGUUUGGUUAUUACCAUUUAUUGUUUUGUUGCAUCAUGAUAAACAUGCUACACUUGCUUAAAUGGCAAAAAAUGUAAUAAGCGCCCAGCCUCGAAUAAGCGCCCACCUCGAAUAAGCGCCCACUCUCAAGGUCCAAAAAUUUAAUAAGCGCCCAGGGCGGUUAAUAGAAUAAAUACGGUAGCAUAAUGCCUAGUUUGGCCGCCUCCUUAAACUGUGAGUUGGUUUCUUGUUUUCAGUGCAGAAAUUGCUUUUUUAAUGUGGUGUUUCCUCAAGAUUGACUCUUAUAUUUUUGCUAUCAAGCCUUUUGGGUUCAGUGUUUUGGCGGCAAAUGAGAAUGAAAGCGCAGAGUCUUUCGAUACAAAUGUAACGCUAUAACUGCUUAUUUUUAAGGGGACGACGUUCUUGAUUUAGGAUAGUAUUUGAAAAAUUUAAGAGACGAGAAGAACAAAAAUUGUUGGAAAACAAAAAUCUAGGCUUGUAAUAAACUCGGCGAAAACUGAGAUCUUGAACAAGACGCCAUCAUGGUCCAUUUAUUAACUUUUAGAAUUUCAUUUUGUUCACUUUCAGUUCAGCGAUGAAGAUCAAAAUGAUCAAAAGCACGGGGUUGGCCCCGUGAUGGGCAAAUGCCCGACCCCCGGGCCACGCAAAAUUUGCUAAUGUCGGGACUGACAUGGUAGGCAAAUGUUCCGCAGGGGCCCGGGGAAGAGGGCUGGGCGCAGCAGGAUUUGUCUGAUGCAUAAUCAAGCAAAAAAGAACUUGGCCAAUAUCCAACCAUUUUGACCUCCCGCUUGGUCAAUAACGCAUGUGUGUAGGUUUACGUCACUACAGUCAUUUAGUAUAUAAGUGAUUUACCUACACUCCUAGCUGCUGGUCCGUAUACUCACCCGCACCAGGGUUUAUUCUGUUCCACAAACAACAAGUUGAAAUUUUUAAUUUUUGUUUUCAGGGUGUACUGAAAGUACGCAAGCGGGUCACGUUGACGGUCAUAACAGUCAGUAUCAUAUUUGGAGUAACCUGGCUUACAGACACGUUUAACUGGGUCCUCUACUAUUAUAAGCCUUCCUUCAAUCAGUUGACAUACGCAGCAACUUCCAUUUUGAUCCUGUUCAAUUCUGCUAUCAAUCCUAUUUUGUAUGCUUUGAUAAAUCAGCGAUGCAAAGAGAAAAUCAAAGGAAUAUUAAGUUGCAAGUGCCGU